UGAACAUCGUACCGGGAUAUUCUUCCGGUUGUCGCGCCGUUUGUUAUGAAAUGUGCAUUCAUAACGAAAUGACAAACCUGAUAUGCCGUACAGUGAACAGUUUCUCAAAAGCGGAAACAGUGAAAUAUGUUCUCGUGAAAUUAAUGAAUUUUCUUGUCGCCUUUGUACGAAGACAACAGGUGGUUAAUUCAACAACUGAAACCGGAAAUCAGAUGCGUCAGGAGCUUGCCGGUUUGUCCUCGCGUGACUCGAUGAACGAACAGGAGCUGGCAACACGAUUCUUAAGGAAGACAAUGAAGGACCUACGAUUCCCAAGGGACGAGACGUAGGGUGGUAUGUCCGAGUGCUUCGAGUUCUCGUCAUCUAUGACAGGAUCGACGAAUUCGGGGCCUCUGCAGCCCCCAAAGGAUUCUUCGGCUCUUUCUGCUCGUUCCUCGCCUUUCGAUUUUUAUUCGACUUCCAAGAGUCCAGUUCACAAUCAUCGUCAGCGACUCCCUCGAAAGAUGACAUUGGCUUCACCCAAUGGACAACCCAUACAACUUACUCCUCUGUGGGAGCACGUGGUACGAACUCGAAAGUUCCCAAGCGAGGUCGACACGCGUCUUACGUUCUUAGAAAUAUCGGAGAGACUGCGUGAUCCGGAAUGGGAGGUGCGUCAGCAUGCUCUUCGUGUGCUUAUAGACGUGUUACCGACUCUGAAUGCUGAUAUCGUGGACAAGGUCAUGCAACCAGUGGUACCAGAGCUGGUCAAUAAUUUGGGCCACCCAGCGCCCGCUGUUCGCAAAGGGGCUCUCGACGCUCUACGAGUUUUUCUCAUUCAUAGUCGCGACAGAGAAAACACUAUCAAAAGGAUUCUUCAGGAUGGCUUAAACCGUUCCGAGGUGUGCGACUCGUUCCAGACGAACGUCACCACCGGUGUGAUCCUGAGCGUGCCAUCGUUGCUGUUUCCAUCGACGAGCAGUCCAUCACCGACUCCUCAGCUCGUCAAGGACGCGACGAUAGCUUUGGCCUCGCGUCUGGCUCAGGUGCCUCAUCAGGAAGCUGUUCUGAAAUCCCUCACCAAAAUCCGCGAUGCAGUGGGCACGGAAACCUUCGAGAGCUACGUGGAGGACUACGACAACAAGCUGAAGAAGAACAUCGAGAUUCUGUCGAAGAUAUACAAUAUAAAGUCUAAUAAAAAGACGCAGAAGAAGAACAGCGAUCUGAAGAGCACCGAGAAGGAAACGGAGAGCAAGCAACAGGACCAGAAGUGGGAUAGUGAUAGCGACACGUCGGGCAUAGCCGAAGAAGAGGACGAAGUGAAUCCUGCGACCAUGUCAGCAGCUAGAGUGGUGCUGGAGACUGAAAUUAAAUUCAACGAAGAGACGGCUAUCACGAUGACCAUCCUCGAAGAGAAGGAAGAUAGCGAGAAGGAGCAGGACGAAGAGAGCGGAACGGAUGUGAGAAACGACGCGUCUCCUGAUAGACGAAAGACGCCACGAAGGGUACACUUUGGCGGUGAAAUAGUGAAAUUGAGAACUCCUGACAGUGAUGAGACUGAGUCCAUUGAGACGACCCCGAAGACCAGGAUACCUGUUCCUGUUUCUCCAGCGACGAAGAUGCCUAACGCGAGGCAAAGACCAUCUUCGCAACCCUGUAGUCCUCGAAGGGAGGCUGGGAAAUUGAAGAGACCAUCUAGAUCGGUCUCUAACAGUCCUAAGAGAGAAGUGUAUACGCAUAACGCGGAACUGAGUCCUAAGAAGAGUAUCCUUGCCAGGACUAGUAGUCCUUUGUUGAUUAAGAAAUCCAUGGAACAGUCGAAGAGGAAGAAGAGCAAUAAGCAUACUGAAGCAAACGGGGAUAAUAAGAAUCCUCCUAGGGUCACUGCAGUUACUGUGAAACCUGAGGACGUUAAAACGGAGGAAGUUAUUUUAGUUCAGAGCGAUCCAAGUUCCAAUAACACAAGUGAUAAAAGUCUGAUGAAAAUUGUAAAACAGGAUGAAAAUGAAGAAGAAAAUGAUUUAGAAGAUUCUGACAGCAAGGUUACAGAGGUAGUUAAAGAAGAGAAGAUUUUGGAAAAUGGGAAAAGAAGUUUGGAAGAGACACACGUGACGACGGAGAGUAUUCAGAAAGUGGAUUCGUUAUUUGGUUCGCCGAUUAGAUACAACGAAACAGAAGAGGAUCGUGAUGAAGUUAACGAAGAUGAAAUUGCGGAAAGAGUUGGUGGUAAUUCGAAGAGUUGUACGACGACCGGUUCAAAGCACGAUAACGUUGAUCGUAGGUCGUUGAGAAACGUGGACUGUGAACGAACGUCGAGGGGUGAUCGCGAUAAAGCUACGCCUAGUGUGAUCGAGAAAAAUGGAAAUGAUGUUGGCGAGGUGGAAGUUAAAUCCGAAGAACCCAGCUGGGAGGAAUUAGGAUUGGUCGAUCAAGAAGUGCUAGAGGAUUUACAUAAUAAGGAGGAUUGGCGAGCUCGUGUCAGGGGUCUGGAAAGAGUAGCAUCGGCUUUGCGAACGUCUUCUGCGCUGAUCGCGAUAGAGCCACGAUUAGGAUCUCUUUUGCAUGCGGUGCUGGGCUGCGAAAGGAGCUGUCGAGUAGCGGCUGCAGGCUUGGCUGUGGCAAAGGUAGUCGUAGCUGGGGUGAGCGAGGAGGCACUGAAGAAACAACUACCACAAUUAGCUUGGGGCUUGGCAAGACACGGAGGACCCUGUGCGACCCAAUUGGCUAGGAUCACGAUGCUCAGGCUGAGACCUGCUCUUCUUCUGGAACAGCUUCUGCAGCCGCAGUGUCUGAAUGCUAGGAACGCCAAGACCAGAGAAAACACGUUGCAGUUGUUAAUUUUUUCGUUGGUAACGUUUCCAAGCACGGAAUUCAAAGUGGACACGGUAGCUAGCAAAGUGGCUAAAAUGGUAAAGGAUAGACGACGAAGAGUGCGGCAAGCUGCACUCGACACUUUGGCUGUUCUGGCACAGAUUUAUGAACCUGAGGAAGUAUUGGCAGCAGGCAAACGAGCAUCAGAAGGUUACCACGAUGCAGAAGCAAUGAUGUCAGCAAUUAGAGCUCGCCUAGCUCGGAAAUCAUUACCCUUAGUCUCUGCUGAUGGUCUUGUUAUGUAUGGUUUGCAGAUUUCGCCCACUGUGCAAAUAGCUACAGGACCCGAUGUCGAUUGGAUUGUAGCCGGAAGUGGUUCGUUUUCACCCAGUGUAGGGCGUACCAAAAGCCAAAUUAUAGCCACGACAUCCGGAAAAGAAAGAUUUGCAAGGAAUGAGAAUAACUUGGAAAGUCCAUGGAUUGACAGACCAAAUUUCGUUGCGCUCGGAGUUGGUAUGCGGUCGAAAACAGACCAACCUGUAGUUUGGCAAAUGGUUCCUACACAUAGUCAGGAUAUUCGAUGCGAGGAUGAAGUGAACUUAUUGCACACAACCAGGGGUGCAGCUACAGAUAUUCGUAAUGGUGAUAGUCUCAAUUUGGAUAUAAAAUUGAGAAAUCAAUCGAGAAUUCCAGGGUUUGCGAGAGAGUCCGCGAGUUAUCGCAACAUCAUCGAAGAUAAAUUUGAUCGGAGGGAUAACGAUAACAAAACAGAAUCCAGAAUUCCUGUACUCUAUAUUCGCGAUCGUGCAGCAAAAAUGAACUACAAUCAGGAUAAAUCUAAUUCCGAAACUAAUUCGAAGAGAAGAUUCAAAAGCAGUGUAGAAAACAGUUCUGAGGAAGAAAAUUUUAGAAAUUGUGGAACUAUGAAUUAUCGAAGAAGAAAAGAUCAACAAGAAAAUAGCACAAAUAUGAAUUACGAUAAUUACCGUUCGUCGAAGAAUCUAAAUAACGCGAGCACAGAAUACAGUGGUGUUUUGGAAACUUCGAGUCAGGAAUUAUCGAAUGUUAAUCCUAGGAUACAUCCAAAAUAUGUCGAAAGAGAUAAAUCGUGCCGAAAAUCUGAUAAAUCUAAGUGCAGUUGUUCGAGUUCUAUAGAAAGUCCUCAGCCUUCACUGUCGAAAAAUGUUCAACAAUCAUUUGUAAUGCACAAUAUGUACAACACGGGUUCACACAGGGAAGACCGGUUCGCGGAUGAAAAUUCUUUUCGACCAUUGCAAACUACCCCCACGCCAUUACCAUAUGGUUACAAUACUAUGGAUUUUAAUCAAAGAACUGAUGAAAAUGACACUAACAUCUCUCGAGCAAAAUUUCAUCGUAGGACGAAAGAUGCAGCUGCUCAAAAAAUUACCGACGUCCAAGUAUCUUCAUCGGAUGCUCAGACCGGCGAAUAUUUCCCUGCAAUAUCUUCCGGCGCACCUUCCAGAAGAAGAUUACGUUCUAUCUCUCCAUCGCAAAUGUACCAACGCCAACAGUUCGUUAAAAUAUAUGAUAUAGAUAAGACGGUGAACGAGGAAGAGUACAACGAAAAGAACAAACACCACUUUUUAUCGGAAGAUGCUUAUAGGGUGCCGCAAGUGAAUGCAACUGAAACACAGUCCGAAGGAGAUGACUACGAACAUUCGUCGUCGGAUGCGUUAGAGAAUAAUCAAGAAGAUGUUGAACAAGAUGUGCAAGACACGCAGGACGACAGUGACAUCGGAUCAUCCGGUUCUGACAGACAAAAUGUGGACACCGCGUUUGAUGUCAUCACUGUUCAAUCUAGCCCUCCUGGUCGAGACACUGUUGACUUUGUUAUUUCAUUGGACCAAACAGCGGAAGCAGCAGAAGCAAUUGUCACAUCGAACGAGGAUGAACCAUCGAAAGAUUGGAGCAGUGACGAGCGAGAAAUCUUGCAGGAUGAGAAACGAACUUCAUCUAGACAAUCGGAGUUUCGCGAAGAUAAUCAGAAUGAAAGCGAACUUAGCACUUCCGAUGAAGCUGAAAGGACGGAUGAAUUAUCGAACGUUCGAAGAAGAUCCAUCGUAUCCAUCAUAUCAAAUGAACGAAUGUUAACGAACGAGAGCUUGCAAACUUCUAGCGAUAUUCUACAUUCAGACUUUCAAGAUGCGAAGACGUCGCCUUUGAGAAGAUCGGUCAGCCCUAAAAAAUCGAGUCGGUCAUCAAGCCGUAAUUCGAACGACUUCGAAGUAAUGAAGUCACCGAGACGAAAUUCUCGUAGUAGUUCGCGUAAAUUGAGUUUUGACUUGGGAGAUAAGGAUACCGAAGAAUCCAGCGAAGAAAGAGUGGCUUCUCCCGAAGAACAAAAUGAUACUUUUCAAGCAGUGGAAACUAGUCAGUCUCGCAGAGGAUCUAAAACAGGAGAAUCACCAACAAUCAUUAUUGCCUCCAGACCUCAUUCUUCGACGGAUAUUUCUAAUUACUCUGAAAAUCAUUCGGAAACGGCGGUUCAAAUAACAGAAAAUAAUAAUAAUGCUCUCAGGUUUGUUAAUGAGUCUAACGAGAAUAAUAAUUUAGAAGAUGGACAGAGUAGAGAUAGUUCCAGUGAAACAAAUACGGAGCCAGGAAUUUUAAAAAUCGAGAGUCAAACCGGGGAACCUAUCAAUUUAUCCAAAAGAAUCGUGUCCAAAGUUCCUCGCGUCACAGGAAGAAGUCGAGGCAUUUCGACUAAGCGAAACUCGAAUAAGCCUGAGAAAAUGAAACCGAUAGUUCAACAAUGUUUCACUCAACUCGAGAGUAAAGACUGGGAGGUAACGAUGAAAGGUUUGAAAACGUUAUCUCAACUUGCGAAGCAACAACCUGAGUACUUGGAUGUAUGCGCAACUGCUACUAUAUGUCGUCUUAUAGGCCAACAAAUUAAAAGUCUUCGAUCACAGGUCGCACGAAACGCAUGUUUAGCCGCUGGCGAUUUAUUCAGUUCACAGAUUCGUGGCUUAGAUCAGGAUUUUGAAGAUAUAGCUGAGCCAUUGCUUCACAGAACGGCAGACACGAAUCGAUUCCUUCGUGCGGAUAGCAACGCAGCUUUGGAUCGAAUGAUCGAACAUCUUCCACCUCACAAAACGAUUGGCGUAAUCGUUCAACGCGGCGCAAGUCAUCAAAAUGCUAUUGUAAGAGCUGCAACGGCUAGAUUACUGGCAUCGAUAGUCGAUCGAAUAGGGUCUGAACACACAAUGAUUUUGCCAAAGGAUGUCAAGGAUAAGCUGCUUAGUGCAGGGGCUAAACUACUAAUGGAUGGAAAUCUAGAUGCUAGAAACUAUGCAAAGAAGAUGUUCAGACGCCUUGUGCAUUGUGAAGGGUUUCAAAAAGCAUUAACAGAUGCAGUACCAGACAACACCUUGAGACACAUCGACAAAACCUUGAAAACUCUUUAAUGGUUCUAUGAAACAUCAUGCAAUAUCUUGCACAUCUCUUUUUACCAACUGGAUUUUAUCCAUAUAACAAGACUGUCUUUGCAAACAUAAAAGAACUAUUUAUUCGAAUUCAGUACAGUGUUUUGAUAAAGAUCUAUGUGCAUGGAAAAAAUCCUUAGCAAAGGAGUUGUAUGUAAAAAGAAUUGACAUGUAGAUCAAGUAAUAUUUAUUUGUACGUGGAACCAUGUUUUCUUCCUUGAAUCUAAUAUUAUGUUCAGCCAUGAAAGAGAAAAGGAAGCAUUAUUGAAACAUGACUGAUAAUGUCCUUCGACAUUUCACAUUUUGAUACUAUGAUGUACUUGGUACAUUUCAUUUUUAUACGAUUGUAUAGGUGGCACACUCAUAUUGCAAUAGGACUAGUUUAUUUACAUAAUGUGAAUUAUUACUAUUUUUUAUUUUUUUGUAAUCAAUGUUAUAUUUUAAUAGAACUAUGAUGAGACUAGGAAAGAUUUCAGUUUGGUAGAUAGAAUACGAUUUAUAAUAUUUUUACUUGACCAAAUUGUUUUUAUUUGAUAAAUAAAAAAUUCAUAGUGUGUAAAUAAUUCUCAUUCCACUUUGCAAGCAAUGCUUCAUAACAAUGAAAUUUAGCGCGAGAAUGUUUUUAAAUAUGAAAAGAAGAGAAAUUUAACAUCGUUACAGAUUAUUAUAUUGUCUGUUAUGCAUCAAUUUCAAUUUGAUAUAACUUUAAGUCAACAAUGAUUGCUUUUGAUGACACUUGUAUUUAAAAUUUUAGUGCCUUGUAAAAUUUAAAGAGUUUACUGCUAUUGAGAA